GUACAGACACGUCGAUACCCUGUCCAUCAUCAAUGUUCCGGAGAUGGAAAAUUUCAUUGGAUACUGGAAUGGCGUUCUCCUGGAGAAUGCCAUGCAGAGGACCGGCUUCAUGUAUGGCUACUACUUGGAGGACAAGAACUAUGAUGAGGGCACUCGAGCCAUCAUGGAGGGCAUCUAUGAGCCCUCCCAAGAGAUGGUCGGCGAAAUCGCCGAGCCCUUGACCGACGAUCAGGAAAUGGCCCGUGUCAACAGGAUCGCCGAGGCGCUCGGUUUGGAAUGCAUUGGUUGGGUCUUCACCAGCUUGCCUCUGGAGGAUGACCUCUUAUUAUCUCCUGAGGAGGUCCUGCGCAUUGCCAGAUUACAAAACGAGCACUCCACCGAUGCGCACUUUACCAAGUACGUCCUGUCCAAAUUCGUCUCUUGCGCCGUGCGCCCAGAUCCGGCCAACAACGGGGCGCCCGACCUCCAUCCUUUCAUGGUCUCGGAGCAGGCCUGUGCCAUGCUCCGCGAUGGGAUCCUCAGUAGCUCCUCCUCCGAGCGGCGCUGCUGCCUGGUGCGCGAGGCCGGCAAGGAUGAAAUGAUUCCAGACUUCGUCGUGGAAGGCAGAUCAGAUAAGAAGAUUGCCACGGACUUCUUUAUCGUGCGUGUGAACGACACGGCGCCCAAGAAGCACCAGCGGAUGUUUACGCAUGCGGACUUCCCGAGGGAAAACCGCCCGACGCAUCCACAGAGAAGGGACGAUCUGAAGAAGUACUUCAGCAAGAUCCCGAAAUCCGAAGCCUCUUGGUCAAGGUUUGCAGACUUUCACCUUCUCCUCUACAUCGCAAAGGAGAUCGACGUGGAUACCGCCGUGACCAUCGCCGAGUGUGUCCGGGAUCGGAAGGACAUCCCCGAGGGGGUCACGAUGAUCAUCAACGAGCUCACUCAGUGAGGAAUCUCCUAUGCUCGUCCUGGACAGGGGGCGAAGGUUGUCGGCGGCGAAGAGAAGUGAGGGGUGCGAACCGCACGAAUUCAGCAACAGCAACAGCACACAGCAGCAGAACAUAUCACAACAUAGAAAAUGCAUACAG